AUGCGGUUUAAUCCUUUGAAAAAUGACUGGGAAGAUUGCCAAGUGGCCUCAUUCCGCUGCUACGUGUCAUUCUACCUGUCUUCGUGGGUGAUUCCGAUUUCUCUGAUAUUUCUUUGGUCUGGUUCUACGUUGGCUAAUUCAGCAUUAUCGCGGUACUCUUUAAUUUGCUCCGUACUCAUGAAUAUACUUCAUCUGUAG